GACAUUUUUGAUGUCCCCUCUUUGGAUGUGAGGGUUUUUGCUGAUGAGCUGGUUGGUCAGCUGGACUGGAUCGAAUCUAGUCCCCGGUCCAGAGAAAAACUGGGAAGAGACAAGUUGGAGCAGAUGGUGAGAGCGUUGACGCUUCAGCUAAUGGCUCACUGCAGCACGAUCACAGAGAGAAUAGAAAAAGAGACUAAGAUGUAUCGCAGUGAGUACGAAGGGCUGUUGGACCUCAUCACCGAUAUAUCUCACCGUUUAAGAGAUCAUGUGUGCAUUGGAACAUCAGAGCCAAUAAUUCCUGUGCAUGUUUUGCUGGAGGAAGUGAAACAGCGUGUGAAAAUGCUGGUUCAGAACGCCGGACAAGUGAGCGUAUUGAUUUCGGAACAUCGCAUCAAGUGGUGUUGGGAUUUGAUGAUCAGCCAUAUGGCCAUGUUACAGCAGGAUAAUGAAGGGUUGCGAGUCCUUUCCAGGAUAGCGUCCCAAUCUGAUCAAACCGAUGUUAACAAGAUACUAAGUGCGCCCGCAACAUCGGUAGGAAAAGACAAAAACAGAAGCUACUUUGGAUACUCACUCAAAGCGACAUUCCUCUUUGUUAUCAUUUUGGUCGUUGUUAUGGCCCUAAUCAUUGCAAUCAACCAGACUUGUCGCAUGAUCGUCGACGAUGCUCAAUAUUGUCCUUUUGACGGGGCUGUGGAAAGGAUUAAUCAAGGACUACCUCCACUUUAGGUAUGGUAAUGUGUAGGCUACAUAUUAAAUUUGUUCAACUUGUUAUUUUUUCUACCAGUUUUCCGUUUGUUGUUUGUACUAUUACUCCUGUUUUUCAUGUGUUAGUGUGGAUUUUCUUCUAUUUAUGUUUGGCACUUCAGGCACUCGUACCCGAGUUAUUACAAUCGACGGUUACAUAACUGGAAUACAUCAGCUAAGUGUCACUGCUAAAUAAGAGAAGAUCGUGUAAAUGCGUUCGUUGACUGUUUGUGAUCUGAAAGCCAAAUAUAUUACUUAGAUUAUCAAUAGAUAAUUUAUUUUUGUUA